GACAUAAAGAACCUAGGUUCUUUAUGUCUAUGGGAGAGACCGUCUAACUUGCACAGCGCCCGCAAGAGACCUCUUGAUCACAGCGCGCGAUAUGUACUGGCAGUACUGCAUGUACUGUAUAGUCCUAGCGGCGAGAAACAGCUGAAGGACGGUCUUGAGCUUGUUGGAGAGGCCAAAAUAUUUAGCAUUUGAUGAGUCCAGUACGCUAGGAAAAUGGCCGAUAUCAACCCAUCGCCUACACCGGAAAGGGCAAUUUACGGUUUUGUUCUGUACCUCAGCUCCAUCUUCGGGUUUGCACUCUAUUGUGUAUGGGCAUUUGUACCUGAGAAAUGGCUUCAUAGCAUUGGACUCACGUAUUGGCCUCAGAAGUACUGGGCUCUGGCUAUUCCAACCUACAUCAGCGUUGGCUUUGUAUUUGUUCUGGUUUUCUUUGUAGCAUUCAACCUUAUCAAUGCCCCAUCACUGGAUUCAGUUAAAACUGUCACAGAUGCUCAGACCAGGCCUGUUGACCCUGAUACCACCCUGCAACCCAGCGCUGCCCCAACAGUCACUGACAUACCAAUCAGUGAAGUCAACCGACGCCUCUAUCUCAACACAUGACAGUAGUGUACAAUAUUAUCUUUACAUGUUGCUUGUUGACCAGGAAAUGAAAUGAAGAUUUCAUUCAAAUUUUAUUCUGACAACAUAACUUAUAGUUAAUUUAUUGACAUUUUAUUCUUGGAAACUGAUUCCAAAAUAGACCCAAGACAUAAUGACGUCACACUUUGUUUACAUGUGCGCUUUCCCAUGGGAGCCAGAUGGGACAAUUGCAGGAAAGCGAACAUGCAAACAAAGCAUAACGUCAUUAUGUUUUGGGUCUAUUCAAUAAGUGAAAUGUAAACGAAUUCUUCUGAGUUUGUCAUUAGUACUUUGGCCUGCGUGCUGUUUCACUUAAUCCAGUUGAGAGCAGUGUUGCAGUCAAGUCCAUGACGAGUCCCUACAGGUCCGUCACAUUCCCAUCAUCAGUCCUUCAGUCUCGAGUGACGUCUCUAGCUUUUCAGAUGAACUGCUACAAGAGCAUUCCUUUGUUACUGUUAAUGGUUCAUCCUGUUACUUGUGCAAAGACUUGUGAAAAGGAUCUCUUGUCCUAACCUCCUAGUGACCUGGAAUGUUAAUUUCACAUGUAUGUGAUAUUCUGUAUCAUGUCUAAAAUUCACUUUUCUUUGUGAUUGUGUGAUGUUGGACUAGUUUUUUGCCAAUCUAAGAGUGCUUUUGAUACACUGAAUGUCAAGGAUUCAGUCACCCAGAUCUCAUGCUGUGCCGGAUGUGAGGUACAUAGAACUUAUAAGCACUGCAGUCCAUGGAGGCAACUUGCAAGUGGAUGUGUUGCAUGUCAAGCUAUGAGCACUGUCUUGUGCUAUUCUGAUGCACGGUCAUCUAGGUAUUUAAAGCAAGAGUUUUCAGUCAGGUCUAGAUGUUGCUGCUCAUGCUGUUUGGUUUUGCAUAUUUUCUAGGAAGCAAGGCAGACUAGAGGCUUAGUCUGGUGCCAUUUUGAAUCUGUACUAAGAAGACACUUUUUGACAAAAGACUCUGAGCAGAGCAGUGUUGGGGAACCUGGGCCAAUCUGUGGCCCUCACACA